AUGGCGGCACGCGUCGCGCCGUACCCGGAGACGGCUGGGCCGGCUCUUGAGACGUCUCAAAAGAUGACGGGGCCGGCUCUUGAGACGUCUCAGAAGACGGCUGGGCCGGCUGUGCAAUCACCUGACACCAAGCCGCCGCACCUCCAACCGAAGCGCGCUGUUGAAUCUACCGAGACCGGCGUCGUGAAAGCGGGAGCGGCGACGGCAGGCGGCGCAGCGGCGGACGCGUCGCUGGCGGCGCGGUUCGCGGCGGCGCGGUACAUGUCGGGGUUCGGCAACCAAUUCGAGAGCGAGGCGCUGCCCGGAGCGCUUCCCGCGGGGCGCAACAACCCGCGCGUAUGUCCGUACGGGCUGUACGCGGAGCAGCUCACGGGGACUGCGUUCACCGCUCCGCGCAAGGAGAACCAGCGCAGCUGGCUGUACCGCAUUAAACCGUCCGUUACCCACCAGCCGUUCACCCCGUGCCCACCGCACCGCAGCAACCCGCUUCUCGUGAGCGACUUUUCUUCCAGCAGCACUGCAAGCGAGGCAACACCGAACCAGCUGCGCUGGCGCGCCAUGCCUGUGCCGAGCCUGGAGGUUCGGCAGGUGGACUGGGUGCAGGGGCUGGUUACAGUGUGCGGGAGUGGCGGCGCCGCAGAAAAGACAGGCUUUGCCAUCCACAUGUAUGCAGCCAACAGCAGCAUGGAGCGAUGUGCAUUCGCCAAUGCUGAUGGAGACUUGCUGAUCGUUCCACAGCACGGCCGCCUGUGGAUCACAACAGAGUUUGGAUUGCUAGCAGUGCGCCCAGGCGAGAUCGCAGUGCUGCAGCAGGGGGUGCGCUUCGCAGUGCACCUGCCUGACGGCCCCUCCCGGGGCUAUGUGUGCGAGGUGUAUGGAGGGCGCUUCCAGCUGCCUGAACUGGGCCCCAUAGGCGCCAAUGGGCUGGCCAAUCCACGUGACUUCCAGACGCCCACCUCGUGGUUCGAGAAUGGUGCCGCUCCUGCUGGGUCGGAUGCGGUGGAGAACGGUGGAGAUGGAGUGAUGCAGAGCGGUGGAGGAGGGUACUUGGUGGUGCACAAGUUUGCAGGGCGGCUGUUCGAGGCGAGGCAGGACUUCUCGCCCUUCAACGUGGUGGCAUGGCAUGGCAACUACGUGCCUUACAAGUACGAUCUGAGUCGCUUCUGCCCCAUGAACGCUGUCGCAUUCGACCAUCCCGAUCCCUCCAUCUUCACAGUUCUGACCUGUCCCACCACUCGUCCAGGCGUGGCAGCAGUUGACUUUGUGCUCUUCCCGCCGCGCUGGGCCGUGGCGGAGGGCACGUUUCGACCGCCCUACUUCCACCGCAACUGCAUGAGCGAGUUCAUGGGGCUUAUAUCGGGGACAUACGAGGCCAAGGCAGAGGGAUUUGAGCUGGGAGGUGCGAGUCUGCACAGCUGCAUGACGCCCCACGGCCCUGACACCGCCACCUUCGAGCGGGCCGUGGCAGAGGAGGGCGACAGCCAGCCGGAACAAAUUCACAAGGGGUCAUUAGCGUUCAUGCUGGAGUCGUGCUUCACACCGCGCCGCGGAUCUUUCUGGGUUCGAAGCAUGUCAGGAUGGAUGUUUGGUUCGGGAUUGAUGGAUGAUGUAGAGGACAUCAGGCACAGCCGUCAUGAGCCACCAAGGAAAAGAGCUUCCAAGGACUUUUUACCUGAGCCACAAAGGGAACCUGAGGAUUAUCGCCUUUCCUCCAAGCUAAAGGACCUUUUUGACCGAGAGAAGUUCACAGACGUGGUUUUUGAGGCUUGCGAUGGUACCAGGAUUCGAGCACACCGCAGCAUUGUUGCAAUGUGGUCGCCAGUGCUGGAGGCACUGAUGGAGGAGUCAGAGGAUGAGAAGAAUCCAGAGUUCAGGCUGACUGACAUGGAUGGCUGCACGUUGAGGGCGCUCCUGGUCUUCAUGUAUGGCGGCUUUGACAUGCUCAUUGAUGCUGAUGCUCUCAAGGAACGAGGCGUUGCACUGCUUGAAGCUGCACAUAAGUAUGAUGUGGCUGAUCUAGCAGAAAAAUUGGACCGCCAAUUGUCCACACUGCAUGUGGAAGAGCAAUCUCUGCUCCGUGUGCUGAAGGCUGUGGAUCGGGUUGGGGCAGCACGGACAAAGCAAGCCCUGAUGGACCAUGUUGUGCACAUUAUGGAUGUAAACAGCAGCCAAAAGCUCGUGAAGGAAAUGAUUGAGAGCAGUGAUAUUCAUGACAGGCGGCUGGCAACAGAGCUUGUUGCCACUGUUUGGCCACUCUACCGUAAUCCGCUGCAUGUACGCCCUAGAGUGCUUUGA